CCUCCGAGGGCGAGCCACGUGUUGAGCUUUCGAACUUCGGAGGGAAAAGUUUACGUGAUCGGAACAAUGAACUUAAUGAACUUCUGAUAUGCUAGAAAUGUGUGAACAAAGUGCAUUGGACGCGAUGCCACAUUUUGGCGGUUUUUGGGAGGGUGAUUGCGGAGUGUGAAUUAUGGAAGGUCGUUUGAUCUUACGGGCAUUAAUCGCACUAGCGGUGGCCCAAGCGUCAAGCUCGAGCGACAAGCGGCCGCACUUCACUGCAGAGCCGCCGUCGCGCGUGCUGUGGCCCGCCACACGCGGCGCCUAUGCAGUCUGCCGCGCUAGUGGCCAUCCCGCGCCUGAUGUCCACUGGGUCACCGCUGAGGGACAGCUUGUGUCUACUAUACCUGGACUAAGACAUGUCCUGACUGACGGCAGACUGGUGGUAGGAGCUCGAAGGUCUCUCUUGGAUGCUGGCAACGGCGGUAGUGGUGCCAUACUGCGAUGUAGGGCUUCCAAUCGAGCCGGCACCGUGCUGUCCAGGCCUGUGUUGCUGCAACCAGUGGAGGACAACGUUUUAUCUCACACGGCACGACAGCUGAUCCCUGCAAAAGUGGGAGGUUGUGUGGUGUUGAGGUGUGAAGUGUCCCCUCAGGUAGGCCUAGUGGACAUCACCUGGUUGCAGGACGGCCUACCACUAGCUUCAGGAUACAUGACACCUGAAUCCCGUUGGGUUACUGGAGCUGGGGGGUUAUUACAAGGUUGUGAACUGACGCAGGCGGAUAUACAAGCUGAAUAUACUUGCAUGGCUUUAGAUAUACCAAGUCCUCCUCUCAAACUAACGACUGAUGAUAGCAGUUGGCUAGAAAAUAUUGAGUUAAAUUCGAUUGAAGCUCGAGCUGGGGACAUUGUUGUUAUGCCGUGUAUAUUGAGGCAUAUGAGUGGACAUGGUAUAAGUUGGCAGCGGCAGGACGCCAGCGGGGCUUGGUCUGCCGUCGCUGGUGAAGGGACAGUGCGUGGUGGAUCCUUCAUCAUCCAGAACGCACGGGACCAUCACGCCUCAAGAUACGCAUGUGCACCGGCUGCUGAAUCUGCACCGAAGAUGAUUAUACGACUGGUUGUUUACGAACCACUGACUGUCAAUGUUAGCCCAAAUCCAUUGAUGUUGGGCACGGGUGGAACAGGCCAUUUAAAUUGCUCUGCGCAAGGAGGCCGUGGUGGUGGAAUCACCAUGGGAUGGCAACACGAGGGUCGGCCUUUACAUGCUCCUCAAUCUCGUCUUACCCUGGGUCCUAUACGGUCACAUCACGCGGGUACUUACCAAUGUACCGUACAUGACCAUUCAGAAUCGGCUGUUGCAGCUGCUGAAUUAAUUAUUGCUGACAGACCGCCAAAAUUAGUGUCAACAUUCAGUGAAGCUGCGACGAGAAUUGGUCAAAGUAUAGCUUUGAGGUGUGCUGCAACGGGUGUACCUCCGCCGAGGAUUCUCUGGACCUUGGAUGAUAAACCACUACCAGCUGCACCAGACAAAUAUAGUGUCAAUACAAGAGCUGAGAAUUUAUCUGGCAGUGAACAAGGUACUAUUGUAUCUACUCUCAGUGUGACAAUAAGGACUGCAGACGAAGGCGGCAGAUAUGGGUGCAAUGCUACUAAUUCUAGAGGAUCUCAUGCUCACCAUGCAAGACUGAACGUAUAUGGGCCACCGAAUAUCAGAUAUUUAUCUGCAAUACAUGUAAAGGCUGAUACAGACAUUAGUUUAUACUGCCCAUAUUCAGGGCACCCAAUUAAAGAAGUUGUGUGGCGAAAGGAGGACGGGUCUUUGGUAGACAACGUAGAAUCAGCUGAUGACCGUGUCAUACUCAGGUUGCACUCUAUAAGGAGCUCCGUCGCUGGAAGUUACACCUGUGAAGUUCGAGCGGAAAGUGGAGAGUUAGCACGAAGAACUGUUCGCAUAGAAGUUCACAAGCCGCCUCGAAUAGCAUCAUUUCAUUUUCCUGAAGAACUAGAAGUAGGAGGAAGUACACAAGCUACUUGCAGUUUAGUUUCUGGAGAUAAACCUAUAAGUUUCACAUGGCACAAAGACAAUUUACCUAUUCCAUCAGUACUUAAGGUGGAACAAAAAAAUAUGGAUUUUUUUACGAUUCUCAUAAUUCAGGAUCUAACCUCCGCUCACAGUGGAGAAUACACUUGCAAAGCUACCAACGAUUUCGGGACAGUUAGUCACACCGCAACGUUAAACGUAAAAGAGUCACCAACGUGGGUGUGGCGUGCGCAGAAUACCUCAAUAUCAGCUGGUUCUGCUGUUUUGUUACCUUGUUCUGCCAAAGGCCAACCAUCUCCAAGGAUAACCUGGGAAUAUUCGACAGAUGGAGAAAAUUGGCGUCAUAUAUUGUGGGGUCAAUCUGAAACUACUGACACAAGCGGCGGUACAAUCCUAUCAGAUGGCACAGUUUGGUUGAGGGCCACGUCUCCGGAACACGAAGGCUGGUACCGAUGUACUGCACGGGCUCAACACGCAUUUUUACAUCAUAGUUUCUACCUUGAUGUAAGAGAGCCUCCGAGGUUGGCCCGAGGAGGGGGUGGUGGGGAGACCAGAUGGGUCGUCAGGGGCUCCACCGCUCGCCUCACUUGCACCGUCAGGGGCGAGCCUGAUCUCCACAUCCAUUGGACUCACGACACCAGACCUUUGGCGCUACAUGGCAGUGGGGGCGUAGAAACAAGGGACAGUGGAAGUGGAACGAUAACUUCGGAAGUUACUAUAACGCACGCCAAUCCAGAACAUGCCGGUGAAUACAAGUGCCUAGCUAAGAAUCUCUACGGCAGCGAUGAGCUGGUUUAUCGUCUGUUUGUAAAAGAGCGACCAGCCAUGCCAGAGGAAGUAAGAGUAUCCGAAGUAUGGUCACGCAGAGCCCGGGUCACAUGGCGGAUAGCCCGCGGGGCUAUGGUCUCACACUACUCGCUCCAAUAUCGCUCUCUCACUCGUGAGCUAACCAACGCCCCGCUCGACGCUCCCCUGCCCGCUAUGCUCGACAAUUGGGCCACCCCUGAAGUCCUCAACAUCACAUUGACUAACUCGGAUUUGCUACAUGUCGCGUCAGAGGGUCCGGGGCGAGCCGGCGCCUCCGUCGCGGGAUUAUCCCCGGACACCCGAUACGCGCUCCGUCUGGCAGCCUUCAACGACGUCGGCGCCUCACCCUUCACGGCCCCACUUCACUUCACCACCCGGGAAGAGGCACCCGGGGGAGCGCCGCGCGAUAUCACACUCCGUGCACUUAGAGCCCGCGAGCUUCAUGUCACUUGGCAGCCACCACCAAGAGAGACUUGGCACGGGACUCUCCUGGGCUACACGAUCCGCUGGUGGGAAGUGUCUGAAGACGGGAAGGGCGCAGUGUCAGAUAGUCCAGGGUCUGAGAGCGGCGCCAGCGCAGACGCCACCAGCACCACGUUGAGAGGCCUGAGGGCUGCUACUAGAUAUGGAGUGACUGUGAGGGCCUACAAUGCUGCAGGCACUGGGCCUCUUUCACCACCGCAUUACCGACAUACUUUGGAGUCACCCCCAACGGGCGGUCCUGAAGGCGUAUCUUGCAUGUCGAGCGGGUCGUCCUCGCUGCGUGUAUCGUGGCGUCCCCCGGUGGCGGACGCCCGGGGCGGGCUGAUCACACACUACACGCUGCAGUACACGAGGCGGGACUCCGACCCCUUGCUGCCAGCGCAAGACGCAUAUCUAAGGGUGCAGGGAGAAGACGCAACAGUAUCUAGGCUAACACCAUUUGCCGAAUACGAAAUAAGGGUGCGUGCCCAUAACGCCGCCGGAGACGGUCCGUUGUCUGUCCCUCAAGUUUGUCGGACGGAUGAAGACGUGCCUAGUGCCCCAGGUGGAAUAAAACUGAUUGCUCUCAGCGAACGCUCGCUUCGGGCCUCGUGGCUCCCACCGCCGGAACCUAAUGGAAAACUGACGCAUUAUAGUCUUUACGUCAAGGACCUGUCGGGGUCCCAAGAACCCAACAUCACACGAGUGAAUGCGUGCAUAGAGCCAGAAGGAGUGUCAGUGGAAUGCAUGAGGCCGUUACGUGGCCUGCGCGCGGGCAGGACGUACGAGGCCUGGGUGCGCGCGGCGACGGCCGCCGGCGAGGGGCCCCCGUCCGCGGCUGUGGCGUGCCAGACCAGUGCUCUUGCACCAGCUCGGAUAUCUUCAUUCGGUGGCUUGGCCAUGGGAGCGGCUGGUGGUUCCCUGUCACUGCGCUGUGUAGUCGGAGGAGCCCCGCCUCCCGCCAAACGCUGGCUCCGCGCCGGCAGCCCUUUGCAUCCUCGACCACCCUUUCACCUCGAUGGUGACGCCUUAUUGAUUCGAAGUCUGGAAUUAUUACAUGCUGAUAACUACACAUGCGUGGCUGAGAAUCCUCACGGUUCUGACUCGGCAACAUGGCGGGUGGUGGUCCUAAGACCCCCUCCUCCUCCCGGCAUAUCUCUCUUGGAGGCCCGCUCCAGGGAAUUGGAGCUGGAAUUAAGGCCAGCUAUGAGGUCACCAGGACAUGCUUUGGCAAAAUCUUAUGCUAUAUAUUGGAGAUUAUCAUCGCCCGAGGGUGAAUGGCGUAUCCAAGAAGCCAGUCCUGGUCCCGUUACUCUGACAGGUCUCCGAUGUGGUUCCGCUUACAAAGCUUACGGAUCAGCUGGCGGACCUCCAGGUCCUGAAAUAACCGUGCGAACAUCUGGGGGCCCUUCGAUAGGGCCUGUAGAUGCAAGGUGGAUAAGGACCAAUUCUACUCAUGCAAGGUUUGAUACAAGUGCGUGGAGCGAUGGAGGCUGUGGCCCUGUGGCUUUGAAGAUGGAGUGGGCUGGCUCGGGCGCGGCUGGGGCCAGGGAUGUGCCCAUUGGAGGAGAAGUUGUCUUAGGAGGUCUGACACCGGGUUCCCGCUACCGGUUGGCGGUUCGGGCUACUAAUGAGGCGGGCAUUACUCGAGAGGUGUAUGAGUUCUCCACGGCCCCUCCUGAAGGAGGCUUCGCGGAAGAAGUCGACGCUCCUUUCCCUGCUACUGCGGGGGAGUUGGCGUUGCUUCUAGCGCUGUGUGCAGCGUUGUCAUUGGCCGCUCUCACCAUACUAGCUAUACUACUUAGACGUAAGAGGUCUGACGGUGUCGUAGCCAGAGUGACGACAAGCGCUGAAAAGCCAUCAUGUGGCACGUAUAGGGCGCCUCCUCACCAAACACCUAAACUGCCACCAGACCCUCCAGACGUGUACGAGAUAAGCCCGUACGCAACAUUUGCGGGUGGACCCGCAGCCGUGUCCGGCAGCUCCCGCGCAUACACCCUGCAGCUGCGAGCGCUCGCGCGACACGACGAUGACGCGGCGCCGCCUGCGCACUCCUCUUGUUGUGAUGAAGAAACGUGUGUGGACGCAUGUGAUGCUCAACGCCGGCGCAGACGUCGCCGGCACUACUGCCCAGAUCAUGGUUGUUCACAAGACUCAGGAAGUUGAGAAACGACUGCCGAAUUGUUUAGUGAAAAAUAUUUAGUCAGUGUAACUAGCUAAUUCAGUUAUACAUAUUAAUAUGUAUACAAAAAUUUAUACAAUAAUAUUAUCCAUUUAUAA